UGUUAUUAUGUGCAGCUCGACCUUGGCGGUAUUAAAUUUGUGACAGAUGAAUAAAACAUUUGGUGACAAUUUAUUUCUGCUAUUAUAAUUAUUUAUAUAGAAUUUAAUAUAUUUUUAAAAUAGUAAUUAACAAUUUAAUAAAAAAUAGAUAUCAAAUACAAAGGAAAAGUAAAUAUUGAUUGAAUAAAUAAUGAUGAACAUAAAACUUGUUCGUUUAAGUUUGUUAGAUAAAUCACGAAGAAUUAUUCCUAUAAUUAGAAGUUGUUCAAAUGUGUCAAUCAAUGAUAAAUUAAAAGAAAUUAUCAAUUUUAAAGACACAAACAUUAGCAAUUGGAUAGUAGAGCAAAAAAUUAAAUCUGUAUGUUAUACAUACAGUUUAUUUUCAAAAUCAGAGAAAGAUGAAUUUCUCAAUACCUUAGCUAGUUCAUAUGGUGUCGAUCAUACAUUAAUUUGUAAAACUGCUGAAAAAUUAGCUUCUACUGACACAAAAAAUCAACUAAUUACAAGGGAACGUGCAUUGAGAAAUUUAUUAACACCUCCUUAUCAUUGGCUAUUUACUCGAAUGGGAAGAUUAGAAAAUGGCAUUAAAUUUUUGGUUGAUUUAAGAACCGAUACAUUGCAAUUAAUUUCCGAAACAAGAGAUUCAAAUCAAAUUACAAUUUUACAAGAGUUUGAUAUAAUAUUACGAGAUUUAUUGCUACUUUGGUUUUCAGUAGGAUUUUUACAUGUACAACGAAUAACAUGGCAAAGUCCUUGUGAUAUUUUACAAAAGAUUUCUGAGAACGAAGCUAUUCAUCCAGUGAGAAAUUGGCCUGAUCUAAAAAGAAGAGUUGGUCCAUAUAGAAGAUGUUUUGUUUUUACUCAUCCUUCGAUGCCAAGAGAGCCGCUAGUAGUUUUACAUACUGCAUUAUGUGAUAUAAUUCCAGGUAGCGUAAAAGAAAUAGAAAUAUCAGAAAAACGAAUUUUAGGUAAAAAUGAAAUUUCUCAUUCUUUUUUUCAAGAAGACAAAAAUAAAAUAAAAGCAGCAAUAUUUUAUUCGGUAUUUUCUACUCAACGUGGACUACAGGGUAUAGAACUCGGUAACUACUUAAUUAAAGAAGUUGCCAAACAAGUAACCAAUGAGUUCCCGAUGAUCGAUCAGUUGUCUAGUUUAUCGCCAAUACCAAAUUUCCGACUAUGGCUUCUCGAAAAAAUAAAGCAAGAUCCUGCUAAUAUAUUUACAACCAGUGAACAAGAAACACUAAAAAAUAUACUAAAAUCUAAUGACUUAUUUUUGGAUUUAAAAAAAAUUUUCAACAAUUCAUUAUGGACAAAUAAACAAAAUUUAGAAGUAGCCUUAAAAUUACCACUGAUGCGAGCCUGCGCUUGGUAUUUGUACAGAGAAAAAAGACGAAACUAUGCCUUAAAUAACGUCGCAAAUUUUCAUUUACGUAACGGCGCGGUAAUGUGGCGAAUAAAUUGGAUGGCAGAUCCCUCACCUCGAGGAACAGCAAAUAGUUUUGGAUUAAUGGUGAAUUAUAGGUAUUUUCUCGAGGAAACAGAAUCAAACAGUCGCAAUUAUAUAGAAAACAAAUUCAUAAAAGCAUCAAAUAGUGUAAUAAAUCUAGCUCAGGAUGCAGAGAAGCUACUUCUAAUAUAAAGAACAACAAAAAGAAAAGAAAAAAUACUUUUUCGAGAUGAACAAAGUAU